AUGAAGAUCGCGACCUCUUUCGUUGUUGCCUUUGCCUCUCUGGCUGCUUGUGCUCCCAUCGUAGCAAAGAAAGCAACCAUUGUGGGCUCAUCAACCUCCAUCCAAACGCGUGGGGAAAACGACGCCGACGUCGUCUUUGUCGUCUGGAACAACGGCAAGAAGCUCCAAGAGAACGAAAUCGAGAAGCGCAACGAUGCCGAUGCCGACGUUGUUUUUGUCGUCUGGAACAAUGGCAGCAAGAAGCUUGAAGUGAGCGAGGGCACUGUGGCGAACCAGAAGCGUGACGACGCCGACGCCGAUGUUGUUUUUGUUGUGUGGAAUAAUGGUGAUAAGAAGAUGCUUGCGCAGAUUGAGGAGAGUGGUGCCCAGGAGCAGUAG